ACCUCUUGCAUCAAACUCAUGACAACAAAUAUGGCUGCCUCCUGCUCGCUGGUGUGUUGUGGAGAGGAGAGCGACUCUGACAAAGCUGUUAUUGUCCGCUUUUCAAAUGGCAGCGUCAAAAAUGCAGACAAACUGGAUUUCACGAUGUACAAGAACGCAGAUGAGAGUAACCCCAGGAAAAAGAGCAGGCGGAUAAUGGCUGCUGAAUCAGACCGACUGUGCUAUGUUGGAAAUAAUUUUGGGACGGGGUCCUUGAAAUGCAACAACCUUUGCAAAUAUUAUGUAGGAGUGUUGAACAGGCAGACCAUGCAAAUGGAGGUGCACAGUGCUCAGCUCUUUAACAUGCAACCUGUUAUACCGGGAGAUGCGACAGAGACCGCAAAACCCCAGGACGCUACUCAGACCUACAGAGACAAGGUUGACUCUUUGAUUGAGGCGUUUGGCACCAACAAACAGAAGAGAGCUCUGAGCUCCCGCAGGCUGAAUGAAGUGGGCGGUGAUACCCUGCACCAAGCAGUGGCUAAGGCUGCCAACACUGUGAUUGACCAGAAGGGUCUGGAAGCUCUACAACAGGAAGUAGCUGAGACAGAGAUCCAGGGAGACCUGGCUCUCCACCUGCCCCCUUGCAAUGCAGGCGCUGACAAACCUGAGAAUGUCUACCUAUUUGAUGAUCUCCUGAGUCCAGUAGAGUUAGGGGCUUUGGAGCAGGCUGGUUCCAAGAUGGCAGCUCUCACAUCUGAGGAGCUGAAGAAGAUGAGAGAUGACGCAGGGUGCUUGUGUGUUGUGAAGCACCUGGAGAACAUGCCCACUGUGGGUGAAGCCAGAGAUAAGGCGGCACGCUGUGCCUUUUACCUCUCUAUGCUCCUCAAGCUGGCACGGCAGAAGAGCAUCACCCGCAAGUUUGGGCAGGAGGAAGGCUGUCCUCGCAUCAUUCAGAGCAAACUGCUCAGAACAUUCACUGUGGAGACUUUCAACAACGGCAGGGUCCAGAACAUAGUUUCAGCAUCAAUGCGUUCCAAAUUAGCAGCUUACGCCCUGGCCCUGCUCCUGCAUAUGAAUCGCAUGACUGGUGACCUCACAUUACUGCACCGUGACCUGGGAAUCACCGAGGCCAGGAUGAUUGAAGUAGCAAAGUCAAUGGGACUGACUCUAAUUAAACAGGCACGGGCGAAGGCCUACGAGGCUGAGCUGCGAGACACAAACAGGCACGCCUCUCUUGUUCUACCUCUGGUCAAAUAUGAUCAGUUCAUGGAGAGACGGAAACGCAAGAAAAUGCACUGAAGAUCAUCAAGAUAAUUGGAUAAAGAGCGAGGACUGUUGGAAAAUGCCACAUACAAGAAUAGUUUAUUAAUACUUUUUUUUGCAAAUAAAAGUGGUGAACUUUGAGUUGAA